AUCUACAUUUCCCACCAUGGUCCUCGAAGAAGCCACCACACCUGAAGCUCCUUUCAGCGACUCUUCAACUCCCGACGACGACAAUGACCUCUACUCCGGCGACCGCUCCCCCACCUACCUCGAGACCCGCUCGCCGACACGAUGGCCCAUCACCCGUCCAGGCCUCGAACCAAUCUACAUCAAUCUAGAUCAACUCCCGAAAGCAUUCCUCAUCUCAGGCGAGAACUCAGCAUAUAAUAAAAUCAUCGGCGAUGGGACGCAAAAGUACUGCGAUGAGACAAUUAAGCUACUCAACCGGCCUCUGCGGGAGGACGAAGCAACUGCUGCUGCCUACCAUCUUGCGAAGACAAUGCGGAUCGCAUCAUACGGACCGCCUUUGGGAAUACUAGCUGCGGCAUUCAUAUGGAGGCGUGGAAAGGCGAAAUUCCGCUUUCCUGGCUGGACACCGGGCGAGAAGUUCAACCCGGAUCGCUUUGCGGGUGGACUUCUCAAGGGCAAGCCGGCACGAUUCGCGUGGCAUUUCCUGCGGAUUAAUGCGUACGGCGUGGUUGGGUCAUUUGCAGGACAGGUCUUCUUCGGAAGCUAUGCGAUUACAGUGGGCAACGUUGGACGAUUCCAAGAUCCGCGCUUGAAGGACGUCACAGAGGCAUUGAAAGCACGGCUAGAAGCGAAUCGUGCAGCGGGCAAGCUGCCUGGAGGAAGAGAGGUAGAUCAGACGGCAGGGAAGAGGGAUGGUGAGACGUUUGACAUGGCGAGGCAGAGGCAAAGAGUGCAAGAGCAGACAAGGAGGACAGCGGGACAGCAACAAGCACAGCGACAAAAGCCAGUUGCCGAUGAUAUGAGCCCUACGGGUGGAUCGUUCUCCGAUGAUUUCAUGAAUGAGGGCGCGGCGAGCGAUGGCGGCAUGUUGAGCGAUUCGCAGAUUCAGUCACUGCAGUCGCAGCAACAGAAGAGGGAGGAGAGAUCGGAGGCACAGACCGAAGCCGCACGAGCACGUCCAGUACAGCCGAACACGACAACACCCUCAACGCCAUCACGGUCCGAACCUCCGACAAAGCAGUCGGGAAGUGCAUGGGAGAGACUACGGCAACAGGCUGCUCCAGCUGGAGGACAGCAAGGUCAAUCAUCACCAUCGAGACCAGGUCAAAGCAUCGACAAUCGAUCUGGUGGCGGCGAUGCUUUCAGCUUCUCUUCGCAGGAGGAGGAUCGGCAGCUGGCGAAAUCGGAGGCGCAGAGGGAGUUUGAUGCUCGAUUAGAAAGAGAGCGGGCCGGGCGAAACUUCGACGAGAGAGGUGGUGGAGGUGGAGGUAAGAGGUGGUAA